AGCCAGCGACUGACAACGUGCUCGACCGUUUAUACAAUUUUGCGUUAGCGCAAUGGAUUUAGUUUAGUCGGUAUUCGACUCUCGGUACAAAUCGUCGUCUCCUCACAAUGGUUUGUGUGUGGCGGUCGCGGCGCUCUGUGGUGGUCAGCGUGUUGGCGGCGGGAGUGGUCGGCGCGCUGGUCGCCCUGCUGGUGCUCCAGCCUUGGAACACCAGCGACCGCCCGGCCCCGCGCUACACGCAAGCCGCUGUCGCCGCUAAUGGCUACGAAUGCGCAUCUAUUGGACGUAAGAUAUUAGAGAAGAACGGUUCUGCGGUCGAUGCGGCGAUAGCGACCCUGUUCUGUGAGGGUCUGGGGUGCGCGCAAUGCAUGGGCCUGGGGGGCGGCUUCCUGGCCACGGUGUACGACGCGAGCACGGGCCGGGUGCGGGUGUUGAACGCGCGCGAGCGGGCACCCGCCGCCACCUACGAGGAAAUGUACGACAACAAGUCGUCCACGGUGGGCGGGCUGGCGAUAGCCGUGCCCGGAGAGCUGCGCGGCUACGGCGAGUUGUAUCGCGAAUACGGACGGCUGCCGUGGCGCGAGCUGGUACGCCCCGCGGCGAACCUCUGCCGCACCGGCCACCGCGUCAACAACUACAUGGGCCGCGUCUUGCGAUCGUACAGCGACAGGAUCAAGGCGGAGCCCUCCAUGAGGGAAUUGUACGUGAACCCAGAGACGGGGGAGGUGUGGAACGAGGGCGACAUGAUCAGGGAGCCGACGUUAGCGCGGACUUUGGAUAUAAUAGCGGAGGAGGGCCCGGAGGCGAUACACAACGGCUCCCUAACGGCCGCGCUCGUAGAAGACAUUCAAGGAUUUGGUGGUAUCGUAACCGAGGAAGACUUGUUCGAAUACAGGGCGGAAUGGCAAGAACCAAUCGAAGUGCCCAUAUCGGACGACUACACUCUGUAUACGACGCCACUGCCGGGUUCCGGUUCGGUGUUGGCCUUUAUACUGAACAUGCUGCGAGGAUGGGUGGGCGCCGAUACGGAGGCUCCGGUCGAGUCCAACCUCUACUGGCACCGUAUAGUAGAGACGUUCAAAUACGCGUACGCAAAGCGAACAGGCCUCGGGGACCCUUCGCGCUUUAACCUGCCUCACUCUAUACCUCAGUUGGAACGUAAUCUGUCGUCGCGCGAGUGGGCGGAGUCUCACCGCGAGCUUGUAGACGAUACGCGCACGUUCUCUGAGUGGCAGCACUACGGCGCGCUGUUCGAGGGCGCGAACGACCACGGCACCGCGCACGUCGUCGUCAUAGCGCCCGACGGCAGCGCCGUCUCCGCCACCAGCACCAUCAAUUAUAUUUGGGGCUCGCAGCGGCGGUCGCGCAGUCUUGGUAUAAUGUUGAACAACGAGAUGGACGACUUCGCGAUACCGAACCGUGAAUCCGCGUACGGUCUGCCGCCGUCGCCGGCCAACAUGCUGGCGCCGGGCCUGCAGCCGCUCAGCUCCAUGGUGCCCAGCAUUGUGGUGUCCCGUGAUGGGGUCGCACGGAUAGUGCUCGGCGCCGCCGGCGGGACCAAGAUCACUACACAGGUCGCCUUGGCGGUGAUGCACACAAUACUGGAGGGUGCGGAGCUGCCGGAGGUAAUGCAGCGGCCGCGGUUACACCACCAGCUUGUUCCGAUGGAGAUUGAGUAUGAAGCGGAUUUCGAUGCGGGUACAAUAGAAUCACUGCAGGCCAGGGGGCACGCGACCACGGCCCGCGGUCCGACGGCCGGGUUCGCUGCCAUGGUAGCGGCGGCGCGGAACACUAAAGGCGAACUGGUGCCGCAGACAGAUCGCCGGAGAGUUGGCAGCACUGACGGCUUCUAAAUAUUUUUAAAUAUCUUUAUUUCAGAACAUCUCACGACCGCACUUAUCAAAUGAAUAUUUCAGUUUAUGAAUGUGAAUUUCAAAAAUUUGUGUCGGUCAACAACUGCAUUUCUCAUUUAAAAAUAGAUAUACUUUUACUUAUAUUAAAAUGACCAAUGAGUUUGUAUAUGACUUAAUAAUCCAGGUAAACAUUACAUGAAGGUUUUUAAUGUUAUAAUGAAUUAAAAAGGGGGAAAUCUCUGUAAGAAACACGUGUAAGAGAACAGUUUUAAUUAUGAACAAUACAACACAACAACAAUACUGGUUUAAUACAACUUUUAAAACCAAAUGUUUAAACAGGGUAAACAGUAUCCCUAGUAAAAUUUUAGUUGUAAUUAAAAUAAGUUGUGUGAUAUAGUUAGUAUAAAAAUUGUUGGUAAUUAAAUAAAGC